GAUUGGUGGGUUGUGGAGGGUGCGGGCGGCGAGCUGUGGGUCUCGGCGCUGACUGGGCCGGUUGGCGCUCCGGGCCGGUACUGAGGAGGGGGUCAAUAUGUUGGGGUGCUGGCCCGUCCAGAUGCUUCAGGCUGCCUGAUUCGCCUCCAUUGGUUUCUCUGCCGUGCAGACUGUCACGAUGAGGUUAGACUGACAUGGAAUACGAUGAAAAACUUGCAAGGUUUCGACAAGGCCAUCUCAAUCCCUUCAAUAAAGAUCCAGGUGGAAAGGUGGAGGAAGGUGAUGAGGAAGAGCACGAUCUGUCUGUAAAAGCACUGCAUAUAGAUUCCUUGUGCAGGAAGGCCAGUGAACAUGCAGACAGAAUGAUGGAUCUUGGCUUGGCAGAGGAUCAUUUCUCAAAACCAGUGGGAUCAUUUGUGGCAUUGGACAUCGAAAAUCUAAAGCGUGCAAUUGAUGAAGUGAAGCAAGUUAUCUUAGACUUGCCUGAACACUCUGAGAAGCAGAAGGAUGCUGUUGUAAAACUUAUUCAUCUUCGGCUUAAACUACAAGAAUUAAAGGAUCCUGAUGAAGAUGAGCCAAAUAUUCAAAUUUUGCUUGAACACCGUUUCUACAAGGAGAAAUGCAAAAGUGUCAAACAGUUCUGUGACAAGUGUAGCACCAUUAUAUGGGGCUUGCUGCAAACCUGGUAUAUUUGCACAGGUUGUUACUACCGGUGUCAUAGUAAGUGCUUGAACCAAAUUACCAAAUCUUGUGUAAAAUCAAAGGUUAGCCAUCAAUCUGAAUUUGAACUCAACAUCUGUCCGGAAGUGGGACUGGACAGACAAGAUUACCGGUGUGCAGACUGUCGACAUCCAAUAUCCCUUCGUGGUGUGCCUGCUGAAGCACGAAAGUGUGACUACACAGGCCAAUAUUACUGCAGCAGCUGCCACUGGAACGAUGUAGCAGUCAUUCCCGCACGUGUCAUACACAAUUGGGAUUUUGAAGCCCAUAAGGUGUGCCGAUACAGUAUGAGGUAUCUCACAUUAAUGAUAUCUCGGCCAGUAUUGAAACUUCGAGCAAUUAAUCCGCUUCUCUUCAAUUAUGUGGAAGAACUGGUGGAAAUUCGGAAACUCCGACAAGAUAUCUUGUUAAUGAAACCAUACUUCAUCACUUGUAAGGAGGCAAUGGAGGCAAGACUCUUGUUGCAGUUACAGGAUCGGCAGCACUUUGUGGAAAACGAUGAAAUGUAUUCUUUACAGGAUUUAAUUGACAUUGCCACUGGGCGCUUGAGCUGCACUUUAACUGAAAUCCACACCAUCUUUGCUAAACACAUUAAACUGGAUUGUGAGCGAUGUCAAGCUAAAGGGUUUGUCUGCGAGUUGUGCAAAGAGGGAGAUGUACUUUUUCCAUUUGACAGCCACACAUCUGUGUGCCAGGAUUGUUCUGCUGUAUUCCACAGAGACUGUUACUAUGACAACUCUACUACAUGUCCAAGAUGUCCACGACUAUCAAUGAGAAGACAGUCUCAAAUAGGACAAACUCAUCCAGACUGAAUCUAGAUCAAAGAGAAGAGUUGUCAUUUGAAGUUCUGUGUGAUUAUUUAAUUCCCAGCAGUCAACUAAGCUGAAUCAUGUGGAAAUAUAAUGUAGAUAUUAACAGUGAAGUUUAAUUCUAGUGGUGAUGAAUUAAUAUGUAUUGUGACUUGGAUUAAGUGACCAUAAGAAGUUGAACAAUGCCCUUUAUUUUUAAGCUGAGAUGCAAACUGUAAACAUAGAGUUAUAAGGUGCUUCCAGUAACCCUGAAUAGCUGUUACAAAAAUUUUAAAUGAGUAACUUUUGGAAGGUGACCUCUUAGCUCUUUUGAUCUGUAAAAAUCCAACCACUGUAAUACUGAGGACUGCAUUUUGUAUACAUUUCUCUCAGCACUUUCUUUCAAAACUGUUUAAUUUUGUAGUGAUAUUUACAUCGUUAUAUUGCAGAUUCACUAAAGUGAAUUCUAGAAAAAGAAUUCUCACUAUUACAGACUUAAGUGAGAGAAAGCUCAAUCAUGUAGCACCUUUUGAAACAUUUUUGAGAAGAGGAAAUGUUAAUAAUGCAGCCUUUUCCCAUUUCCUGCUCACGAGCAUCAGUGCAAUGAUUGACAAAGGAGGAAAUACUGUUCUGUAAUAUAUGGAGCUCUGUUAAAUCUGUCUUCAAGGUUGAUAACUCAUAAAUUUAAAUUGGCAAAUAAUUGUAGAUUGUUUGAUAGAGAAGCUAGAAACUCUACUGUCUAAAAGAUGGGAGUAGAGACUAAGAACACAAAUGUAUAUAUUAAGGCAGCCGUAUUCCCAGACUUAUUGAAAAAUAGAGGAUUAAAAUGCCUUCUGAUAGAUGCAGACUAGUUUAAAUUUACUAAUCUGUGAAGACUGCUUUUCCUGUAUAUUUGAUGAACAGAAAAGCCAUUGCAGUAAAAUGAAUCUUCAAACCAAGCUACCAAGGAAUUUUCAGAUGGUAUUUUACUCACCUGGAUUCUUUGCAUAAACUGGUUUCCCCAAUUAUGCACAGAGGUAUUUUGCCAGCUAAAACCAGACAGCUUGUCAGUACUGGUAAACAGGCUAUUGUUUAUCCACCAAGACUAUCUGUUAUGGCAUUUUCUGAGAAAAUUAUUUAAUGCAAUUUGAGGUAUCUAGUUCUUGCUGAUAGUUCCAGCUCUCCGUAAUGUGUUGGUAAGUCUUUGAAUGUAGUAGGUUUGACUGAGUAUGGCACAAAAUAUUCAUUCUUUGGUUUGCUACAUUGUGAAAUGAACAGUUGGAUUUUAAUCUUGUUUAAAAUCAGUUGAUAAUCAUUUUUGUUAAACCAAAUAUAAUGAUAUUAUUGCACUUUUUUCCUGGAAAGGUUUGAAAUUCCUGAUGGAAUUUGCAAACUUGGUAUAAAGCCACCAUAUUGAUCACUGCUGAGUGUUCAGAAUUGGUCUUUUGAAAAUGUCCUUUUCUUCAUGUCAGUUAAUUAGAAUUUGAAGCAACAGCCAGCCGGGUCUAAGGUAAUUACUCUGGUCAUUUACCCUUGUGGGGUAGUCUUAACCAGCAUUAUUUUCACUCCAGAGGUAAAGUGUGUGUUACAUUAGGAAAGAUGUAUGCCAACUGAUAUGCAAGCUAACUUGGUAUGUUUAUUUUCUUGGACAACUUGAUUGUCUAUGACCAGUCUGACAACGACUAUGACAAUCUGAUCUAGUUUGGAAUUUAAAAUUUGCUUAUUUUAAUAAUUGUUAGAGUUGACACCUCAAUCCUUUUGAAGAGUCAAAUAGUACAUGAUAAUGAUGCAAUUGGCAUGUUUUAGAUAACAGACCCAAAGAAUUAUGCAGAUAUAUUCAUUGAAAAGGAAUUCAAAACAAGUAGAUGAAUAGCAUAAUCAUUUGAAAAGGAGAUUUUAAAAAAAUGUUUCAAUGCAUAAAAAAACUUGUGAUCUACAAAUUCCUGGUCUAUUGCUUUGACUUGGUGAUCAGAGUGGAGGGAAAUUAGCUAAUGCACUUACUGAACCUGGGUUGCUUAAUGAGGUGCUACUUUGCCCUUUCCCGCCCUACAUUUUACCUCAUCUUCAAUGAACCAUGAGGUUAAAAUAUAAUGGUUAAAAUAGUGGAGUCUUCUUGAAUUUAUUCCACCACUACAUUUUUUUUAAAUGCUGCUAAUUGAUACUUUUUUAACCCUUUGGAGCACUAAGUAGGAAAGAAAUUGGGAAAAUAGAUACAUAAUGACAAAGAAUUGUAUGGAAAAUUGUGCUUCCAUUUUGUUUGAUACUCAAAAUAAUAUCCACAAAAGCAAAAUGCUUGCAAAACACAAUUCUGUUGAUCAGCUAUUGAAGAAAAAAAAUUGAAGGUAACAUUUGAAGCUGAUUACAGGUGGAAAUUACUAGAAAAUGUUCUCAAUUACUGGAACAUGCAGAGGAAACAAAAAGGUUGGAUUCUUAUUUUAGCUUUGGCUUCAAGUUGUAAUAAAAGAUCAUAAACCUGAAAUAUUAAUCUAAACCUCUUCACUUUUCUCCACUUAUGCUGUCUGAUUUUUUUUUCUUGUUUACUGAUUCCAGCUUUAUAGUUGUAUUUGGAAAAUGCAGGUUCUUUUUAUACAUAAUGUAAAGGUGCUUGUACGGAAAAUUUAAAAGAUAAACUCUGUCCUAAACCCAUUCCACUUUUUAGGAAAUGAUAGUGGCUCUGGAUAUGUUUGUAAAUUGUCUAUGUAAGCUACCAGAAAUUACAUAAUCUGAUAUCUUUAAUUUAAUUUGCAUGUGCAUAAUCAAAGAAUGUAAUGUAUACUGUCUGAGAUCAACUCCUGACAUUUAUAUGGUGCUUUAAUUAUACUAAUGACUGUAUCCUGUAAUGUUCAGUUAAUAAAUUUAUUAUAUUUCAAGCUUUAA